UUUCCCAGUGCUGAGAGCAGGGUCACCGCGCCCAUCUCUGCUGUCUGAUGGCCGGAGCGAGCGCCUGACAGAGAGAACGCAGAAGAGCCACUCCAGCGCCGGAGAACGACGAGUGCGGGACCUACACGAAAGGCCGAAUUUGGACCGAGCGUUGUGUCGACCGCGUUUACCACAGGGCAUCUGCGUGAAGCUCGCGUUAUUUGGACCAGAAUCGGCGCGGUUGCAGCUGUCGCGGCUGCGGGUUCGGGGAGUGCCGCUCUCCGCUGACUGACUGACGGACUGUCUGCAGGUCGGGCAGCUGUGGAUCUCUCCUCGCCGUUUACAGUAAAUGAUAGACACACGACGAACUGUCCCGACAGAACACAGAUCAGUGCGAGCGCCAGUGAGCGGACGGAGUGAAGCCCAUCGCCUAGCAGAAGAAAAUGAGCGAACUCGACCAGUUACGCCAGGAGGCUGAACAGCUGAAAAACCAGAUCAGAGAUGCACGGAAAGCAUGUGCGGAUGCCACCCUCUCUCAGAUCACAGCCAAUAUUGAGCCUGUGGGGCGGAUUCAGAUGCGCACUAGACGGACACUGAGGGGACACUUGGCAAAGAUCUACGCCAUGCACUGGGGCACUGACUCAAGGCUGAUGGUCUUCAGCCACAUGCACGCAGUGCACGCUAUUCCGCUGCGCUCCUCGUGGGUGAUGACCUGCGCCUAUGCGCCGUCUGGAAACUAUGUGGCCUGUGGAGGCUUGGAUAACAUUUGCUCCAUCUACAACCUGAAGACCCGCGAGGGGAACGUGCGCGUCAGCCGUGAACUGGCCGGACACACAGGCUACCUGUCCUGCUGCCGCUUCCUGGACGAUAACCAGAUUGUCACCAGCUCAGGCGACACCAGCUGUGCUCUGUGGGAUAUCGAGACCGGGCAGCAGACGACCACAUUCGCAGGUCACACCGGUGAUGUAAUGUCACUGUCUCUGGCCCCGGAUACACGUCUGUUCGUGUCGGGCGCCUGUGACGCCUCUGCUAAGCUCUGGGACGUCAGAGAAGGCAUGUGCAGGCAAACUUUCACCGGCCACGAGUCCGACAUCAACGCCAUCUGUUUCUUCCCCAACGGAAAUGCAUUUGCCACGGGCUCGGACGACGCCACCUGCAGGCUGUUUGACCUGCGUGCCGAUCAGGAGCUGAUGGUUUACUCUCACGACAACAUCAUCUGUGGGAUCACCUCCGUGGCCUUUUCCAAAAGCGGACGCCUGCUGCUCGCCGGCUACGACGAUUUCAACUGCAACGUGUGGGAUGCUCUUAAAGCGGACCGCGCAGGGGUUUUGGCGGGUCACGAUAACCGCGUCAGCUGCUUGGGUGUAACUGACGAAGUUACCUCAAUAUCUACAAUCAAAUCCGAAAGUUAA